CCCCCUGGUGGCGGCAGGAAGGGGCGGGCGCGGCGCCGGGAGCCCGAGAUGGUGGGCGCCGGGGCGCGCGGGGCGCCGCUGCUGCCGCCCUUGCUGCUACUGCUGCUGCCGCCGGUGCUGCGGGGCGCGGCGGGCGGCCUCGCCGACAGCGUCGUCUGGGCCGUCAAUGCGGGCGGCGAUGCCCAUGUGGACGUGAACGGCAUCCACUUCCGCAAGGACCCGCUCGAGGGCCGCGUGGGCCGAGCUUCUGACUAUGGUAUGAAGCUGCCAAUCUUGAGGUCCAAUGCAGAAGAUCAGAUUCUGUACCAGACUGAGCGUUACAACGAGGAAACCUUUGGCUACGAAGUCCCCAUCAAAGAAGAGGGUGACUAUGUGCUGGUGUUGAAGUUUGCAGAGGUCUAUUUUGCACAGUCUCAACAGAAGGUAUUUGAUGUUCGCUUGAAUGGCCACGUGGUGGUGAAGGACUUGGACAUUUUUGACAGAGUUGGACACAGCACAGCUCACGAUGAGAUCAUUCCCAUGAGUAUUAAAAAGGGGAAACUGAGUGUCCAGGGAGAGGUUUCCACAUUCACAGGGAAGCUCCACAUUGAGUUUGUAAAGGGCUACUAUGACAAUCCAAAAAUCUGUGCCCUAUACAUCCUGCAAGGAACAGUGGAAGAUGUUCCAAAGCUGCAGCCGCACCCAGGUCUGGAGAAAAAAGAGGAAGAUGAUGAUGAAGAUGAAUAUGAUGAUGGCUCAAGUGUUAAAAAACAGGCAAAUAAGAACCGGGUUCAGUCAGGCCCACGCACACCAAACCCCUAUGCCUCGGACAACAGCAGCCUCAUGUUUCCUAUAUUGAUGGCCUUUGGUGUCUUCAUUCCUACCCUCUUCUGCCUCUGCCGAUUGUGAGAGCAAGCCCCACAGAGCAUCAGCCAAGGGGCUGGGAGGGAAGGAGUUGGACCAAACACGGUUGCUUUCAAUUUCUCCAUAUUGUUCAUAAUUUAAGGAAAAAAGAAAAAAAAAAAAAAGAUUCAUUUGGAAUGAAUAGCAGGUCCAGGUAAGAGGUUGCUUACCUUCCCCCUGCCAGCAAGCAGCGAGGCCCUCGCCUUCCCCUUCGCGCCACGUGCAGCCUCCAAUCCUCCCUGGGACAUCCAAGAGUAAACUGAGUCCUGGCCAUCUGUACUGGGCUGUUGCAAGCUGAUGCUACCAGUCCUGGGCCAUGUCCCAGACUGAGAGAAAGCCAUGUGCUGAAAGACCUCUGCCUUUGCUGGGUGGAAUACGGUUCCUUAACCAGGCCUGAGUACGCGUUUUGUUCAGGAGCGUGGAAGUGGUGUGGUGCUGUGGGGUGACUAACAACUGUGGAGGACAGAGCCUGGCUCAACAUCUCCCUGAAUGUGUGCAACACGAUGUAUGGUACUCGCCUGCAGAAAGAUGCCAAGACUCCGGCUAGCGGCUCAGCCUCUGUGGAGAUGUUUCCCUCCUAAGACUGCAAGCUAUGCCAGGAGCAGAGGGAUUUAUCUGGCCUGAUUUGCUGCACCAGUUGGGAAAGACUUUCCUAGUUUGGCAAUUGUAAUGUUAGAUCCAUCGCAGAGGGAUUCUGCUGUAGCCUGUGAGAGGCUGACGUUGUUAGCGUCUGAUCAGAUGCACUUGUAUUGAUUAUGGCUUUUGUUUUCUUUAUUAUCCUUUUCAAAGGUUUCAUUUUAAGCCCAGUUCCUUGUUUUGCCCUUUCUAUCAAGUGACCUCUCCUUUGGAAGAAGCUGAGAAAGAGAUGACCUAGAGAGGAGAUUCUGGACUUGUUCCUUGACCUUCCUAACAGUUAGCUCCCUGCCCUGUAACUGUGAAGAACCUGUGCUGUAGGACAGAGUGGAGCAACCUCAUGGCUGCUCCCUGUGAGCUCUCAUUCCCUUGUAGGGACCAGGCCUAGCUGCAGUGGUGAGAAGAGCAGUGAGUUGGUUAGUGUCUUCCGAUAGCUCAGCCUUUUGCCUAUCAUUGUGGUGAAGAGGCAGAUGUCCAACAUUUCAGUACUGUAGAGCAAGGUGGUUUGAUGCCCUCCAGAGAUCUGGAAGUGAGCAGAACAUUGGAGACAAGAUCACCGGCUUCCCCCAGGGAUAUUUCUGCAAGAGGCUUCUGUUUCCACAUGCAGAGCCUGUGCCUGCCUGACAGAGGCUGAGCAGAGUGAAAGCCCUUCCUGUGCCUGCUGAUCCAGAGGUCCAGGCCCCAAGGAGCUGCCUUCCCAUGCUCUUGGCCUCUGAUAUGUUGUGCACUUCUGGCUGGCAGGAGGUACACAUUCUGUGUGCUGGAUCAGGAUCUGUUCCAGGUGGGGUUGGAUCUUUGCAGGUCAGCUUCGAUGCUGGAGAGCUCUGGGCUCACAGAACACUUUGUGCUAUCUCUUGUUCUCUGCUUUACCCAGAGGAGUUGCACUGAAUGGUGUCCUCAUUGCUGCUGCUCUUACCUGAGCCUGAGUUUUCCUUGCAGUUGUUGCCAGGUUUGACCCCUGCAGUGGCUCAGCCCUUUGAGCUGAGAAGGGUCAGCAGAAUUUCCUAGUUUGCAGAAAGGAAACUGGAGGAGCAGCCUUCCUGCUCUGCUGGGCCCAAGCAGCUGAAGCCUUCGCUUCCUCCUAACCCUCAAGCUGUGACAUAAGCUGUCAGCUCUUGGGCUCCAGAACAGGAGGUGUCUGAGCACUGCUCUCUGCAGCAGUGGCACUGAACCUUGCCUUUCUGAUUCAUACAUCGCUGCCGUAGACUUGACCCUAAUUCUGUGUCUCUGAGCUAAAAGGCAGGUGGUAGGACCUAAAUUACCUUUCUCCAGUCGCACAAGUGGCAACAGCCAGUUUGGGAGAAGCAAGAGGGUUCCUGUCACAGUUGAAGGAGAAGACAGGCUUUAGAGAGAGCAGAUCUUAAGAACAAACCUUAGGAUGAAAAGGUGGUAAGCUUGAAGUUGCCUGCUUCAUCUUCUAGCUGCUGUUAAAAUCCUAGUACUUAUAAAACUCUUACAAAAUAGGAGCUUUGUUUUGUUUGGUGACAGUGCCUGCAGUGAUUCUCCAGCGUUUUUGGGAUUGCUGUAGCUGGAGCACAAGAGACAUUUAGACCAUUAUCAAUUUUGAGAAGCAUGAACUGUGCUCAUUUGUUAAGCAAAAAAACUGGGCUUGAAAGCAAGCUUCUCUGUAAGGAGCUGUUAUCCUCCAGGCCUUUUAGGUUGCAUCUUAUUUGAGCAUCUUUGAAGCAAAGUAUCACCCAGCUUCUUGUGGCUCACCCCGUAAUCUCUGCACCUUUCCUGGCGUGAGAAAAGGGGCAUGCAUUUAGGAGUGCAAAAGUCAGACACAAGUCUUCUAGGAUAGUUUAUCCCUGCCUCUCCUGGCAGCCAAGGCACCCAUUUGGUGCCAUCAGCUUCCCUAAAGCAAAGCUGUGCAGAGUGUGAUCUGUUGUGUUCCAGUUGCUCAGUUCAAAUGAAUUUGUCUUAUUUAAAUAAGAAUAGGGAGGAGGAAGAGUUCAUCCUUCAUGGCUUAAAUGUAGUUGUUUUGGCUCUGGUUUUAUGCAUCUUUGUCACUACAAAGUUGGUGUCUGGGUGGUUGCAGGGUUCCUGACCCUAUUAUGGUGCUACGAGCUGUUUUCCUUGUUGGUCUAUCCCCUCCCAAUACAUUUGCCUCAGAAGGAGCCCUCAAACAAAGCAUGUGAAACGUGGGGGGAUGGUAGGGGAUAACUGGUCAGCACCUUGCUGGGAAUGGCGUACUCUGGCUGGCUCCCCUUGCAAUCUCUGUCUAGCAUCUGCAAGCCAGGCAGAUGGGUAUAAUGAGGUACCUGGUCCUGGUAAAGGAAAGAAAAGUUUUGGGUUGGACGUAGUUUUCCAGUACUUUGAGGGGAUAUCCAAGGGAUGGUUUAACUGAGCCUGGGUAGAGACAAGCCUGUCUGUGCUUUGUUGCCUCCUGCCAGCAGCGAGAGGUAAAAGUGCGUGUCCCUGUGCAGCAGUGGGGAGCUGGGUCAGGACAGACCCUGGCUGGGUUCAUGGAGCAGUUGUGUAGAGAGGGGCAGAUAAGGCAAUUUUAACCAUCAUGUUUUGGGCCUGGAUACAGCUUCAGUGUAGUGGUUCCAAAGCCUGUUUUCAUUACCCCCCAUCAGCCCCUCCUUUUGUACCUUUAAGCCAGGCCAUUUUCCCCUUCUGUGUGUGUGUGUGACUAAAACAAGAUCUGUGACCCUUCUGAGUAUCCCAGGUGGCAGUGAGCAAAAAGCCAAAUGAAUUCCCUUCUCUUUUUGGUGCCUUUUGUCUCAGGCUUUGAAUAAAAGUCUGUUUGGAGAAGCUUCUUUUUUUUUUUUUUUUUUUUCUAAGGAGCUUCUGAGUUGUUUUUAUUUUCUCCCUCAAGGGACAGGCAUUCCCUGCCCUUGUGAUCAUCUGGGGACUGUCCCACUGUCCCUGGAUGCCAGCUCUGGAGGUCACAGCUCAAGCAGAGAAUGGUGAGUGAGUAUCUUUGGUUCCAGCCUCUGAGAUCAAUGGGAAAAAAAACCUAGCAGGGAAUGGAAGAACUGGAAGAGCUCCUUCAGGUCUGGUCUCCCCCAGAAAUCUCCUGGAGGCAGGAUGGAGAGCUCCCAGGCAGUCUGGUGCCUGCGUGUCUGUGCAGUUCAGAGCUGAGUGAGUCACGGCUAGGUCCUCGUAUGGUGCUUACAGCUUCUGGCUGUAGAGUGUGGCCUGGGGGGUCCUGCCCCUCAAACUUGCUUGUUGAGGCCUUGCUCUGCACUACUUGGGUCUGAGCAAGGAGCAGAGAUUCGUGCUUUGUCCCUUGGUCUUACUUUAAAUUGAAAUAGGACAGCAACAGGCAGGGAAAUGUCUUGGUAUUGGAAGUCUGGGCUGAACAGGCCUGUCUUUGAUAGAAAACAGCAGGAAGAGGGAGAGGACCAGCAGAGCAGCUUCAGCCCUUGAUGCGAGACAGAUUCUGAGCAGCUGCGAGGUACCAAGUGUUUCAGGCUCUGUUUGGUGCUCAAAUGUGGGAGAGAUCCGUCUGCUUCUUGCACUUACAUGCUGGGGAGGGAAAUAUCCUUGCUGAGAAUCCAAGGGAAGUGGGAGCUGGGCCAGCACUGAGCUAAUUUACCUACUGGCGCUUCUGCAUCUCCACAACAAAUGCCAAAGUCUAAUACAAUUCAAGGAUGCUUUUUUUAACGUCAGCCUGGUUGCACCAGUCUGUCUUCACUGGCUAGUCCCAAGUAGGCUCAGACAAGUAUUCUCAACACACACACCACCAGGCUGGAACUGUGAAGGCUCAGAAACAUGAUUACACAAAUAGGCCUCUUGUGCUGCACCCAGCGGGUCUGGGGCACGUGUGUAUCGCCUUGGAUCUGAAUGGAUUUGUCCCAGGAGUUAUAGUAGCAACCACAUUGAAAUGGUGCUGGGCUGGAUGGGAGAGGUGAAAGCAGGUCCAUGUCUUCCGGGACUCUGGCUUGCUCAGAGUUUAUUGCUGUAUAUUAAAUACUAUUUUUGGAGAUUGGGGGGAAGAUAUGGGAGGGGGAGGGAUGUGACGGUGCUGUCCCCAGUCUGAUCAGUGGGAUGCUCCUGCAAGUUACUGAUAGGUUUUGAUUUUUCUUUCCCAAAAAGUGCUUUAUUUAAAAAAUUAUAAAAAUAAAAAGGGGGGGGGAAUAAUCAACGAAACAGAAGUGCUUUCCUCCCUCCUGAAACAGUGCUGGCUGAUUAGAAAAUGUGAAUAAUCUUUUGCAAACAUCAAAGGUCUCUUCUGAAGAGUUUAUGUGAUGGAGAUUUCAAGGGAAGGGGCAAAGUACAGCUUGAACCAGUUUAACUGAGGAGAGUGUGAAUCUAGGAAACGCAGGAGCUCUGCCCUGGAGUUGCUCCCAGUCACACGUGGUGGGGAUGUGGUUGCUUAUGCCACCACAGCAGCUCUGUCACACUGUUCCAGAGCUAGGGCGCUGGAGUGAAGCCGUGCCUGGAACUUGCUGGCAAGUGGGGGCUUGAAUUUCUCCUGGUUUCUGUGGGGGCUUUGUGUGUUCAGGGCUUUCCCGCUCGAGCCAGGUUGGUAAAACAGCCCCAGAGUCCAUGGGAGCAGAAGCAGGUUUGUGCCUCAUGCCAGGAGGCAGCACCGGGACUGUGCGAUGCUGGGCAGGUGACAGGGAUGUUUGGGUCCCAUUGUCGUGGCAGCUUUUGGUGUUGGCAGAUGGUCCCACCACUCCAUGGUGCCCGACUGUAGGCUGGGACGCGUGGAACUGACCUGUGCUAUUGGCAUUAAGGACACACCACAAACUACUUGAAGCUGCAGGUCUGAGUUGCCUGUAAAGGCUAAAGCACUGUGGAGAGAGAUCUCUGUCUGUACUGGUCACCAGUACAAAGGGGUUUUAAGGAGGAUUUUUAAUUUUACUGUCCAUUGCUUUGUGUUCUCACAACUUGCAGUGACAUUUUCUUUGUUUGCAGCAAGCUUGGGCCCUGGGUGAAAAGCACAGACGUCUAUUUCUGAUUGCAUUGCCUAUGCAGGGACUAGUUUGGGGGAAAAGGCAGGUGUGGGGGUGGGUUAUUUUAUUUUUGGUACAUGGUAACAGUUUUAUUUUUUUUAAUUUCCCCAGGAUGUUUGGUUGAGGGAAUGUUCUGAAAUCUACUGCCUGGCAGUUGGACCAGCAGUGCGGUAAAGGAAAAUAAACAGAAUUAUAUUGUCA